ACCCUGUCCAUUCACCAAGCUGCCUCAGGCUACACAAACAGGAUUAUAGGCUCCUGCCCUAUGAGCCGUUCCGGCUCGCACAAGCCAAGUCUCGUGCAAGGCUACUUACUUACUAUAGUCAGUGACUAUUUGCAUAUAAAUCAUAUGCUCCUUUCUCGAUUAGCAACACUGGUCUGCAACUAACUUCCACAACAUAUUUUUAGUUGUUUCACUAUUGCGACAGCAAGGCAAAUCCCGGAACUAUACGCCUACCCGUGGAAUGAAAAUCUCGUAUCAACGCUAGAAGGAAAUACCCGAUCGAGGACCAGGUAGCAAGCCAUGGCUACUGCGCAGGACUCCAUCUACAUGAAAUCCGCUGACCUUAUCAAAAAGGAGCCUCUGGACUACGGUGGAUUCGGGACAGUGUAUCUGUGCUAUCACAAAACCCUCGGCCAGGUGGUUCUGAAGACCAUCUACACCGGGCCACCGCGUAAUGAGGGCAGUAAGCAGUCCCUGCUAGAGGAGGGCAGCCUGAUGAGCAGACUGAACCAUGAACGGGUGGUCAAGCUGCUGGGGGUGAUCCUGGAGGAUGGGGACUACUCUCUGGUCAUGGAGCUCCUCCCUAAAGGAAACCUGCUGGCCAUGCUGGACCGGGUGCCUGUGCUGAUAUCUAUCAAGGGCAGGAUCAUACUGGAGAUUCUGGAGGGGAUGGUGUACCUGAUGAAGAACCGUGUCAUACACAAAGAUCUCAAACCAGAAAACAUACUGGUGGACAAGGAUUUUCACAUUAAGAUUGCAGACCUGGGCCUGGCCACCUGUCAGACGUGGAGCAGGCUGACUAAGGAGGAGUCUCGCAGGCAGAGCCGGCUGGCGCGUCCUGGGGCUAGGGGAACGGGGGGCAGGGCAGCUGGUACUCUGUGCUACAUGGCUCCUGAGCACCUGGACAGCAUCCACACACGCUCCUCUGAGAAGUCUGACGUCUAUAGCUUCGCUAUUGUCGUAUGGGUCAUCCUCACUGGCAGUGAGCCAUAUGAAAAUGCUCGGAGUGAGGACCAUAUCUGCCAGUGUGUGCGUAAAGGUGAUCGUCCUGAUGAAGACCUCAUCUCUGCUGAUACUCCUGUAGAGAUCACAGAGCUAAUGAAGAGAUGCUGGCAUCAGGAUCCACAACUACGACCAACAUUCCAAGAGGGCUACAACACCUUCCUGCCCGUCUACAGGGAGAAGUUAGAGCCAGAUGUAGAGAGGGACUCACUUGGUCUCAGAGACUUGUACGAGGGGCCAGAGGAGCUGGUGGAGAAGAUGAAAUCUUUAUCCAUGUCCCCUGAGAGCCUUAAAGCAGGCAGAGCAGGCAACAGAUGGCACACAGACAGCAGAGUUGGGGACAGAUAUGCAGGGACAGACUGGCAGAGACAGGGAGUCUCAGACAGUGCUAGGGCUGUUCGUAUAGAGGCUGGUCCAGUGGAGGCCUGCAUCGAGGACCUGAACCUCUUCCUCCCCUGUGAGCACUCCCUUAUCCAGCCAGAUGGCCGGACCCUCAGCCCCGUCAGCACCACCUCGGGCAUGGAUCUCAAAAUGGUCAACGAACUCUCAGCCCUGGAAGUCAAACUAGCCCAGCAGUUGGAAUAUCACAAAUACGCCAGCUACAGCCGGAUGGACCAGCUUGACUUCAGCCCCUUCCCUAAUCCUCACCCUUCCACCCCACAGCGCCUCAGCUCACAGGACCCCACCGCCAACAGAGGGCUCCCCAAAACCCAGGCCGUCCAGCCCAGCAGCGUGGAGGUGAACCCCCACCUCCGUCUUUCUAGCCUAGGCAUGUACAAGGCUGCGGACCCCUCAGGGGCCACCACACCCAGGCGCCAGCUUUCCAGCCACAUGCCUGGGUCCUCCAGCAGCCCCUCUCUAAGCCAGGGCCAGUACUCCCCCCAGCAGCAGUAUCCCUACGCCCAGUACAACCGCCUCCAGUCCUGGCCAGCCUACCCAGUGCCAGAGUCAGCUGCCCCAGACCUCACUGCAGGGCUGCGCCUGAACUCGGGUGCCAAGGUUAGAUCUCCACAGGACCCAGGAGGCCUGUUCAUCCAGAAUGCCAGAGGGAUCCAGAUAGGGAGCAACAACACACUCAGCAUCAGGGACCACGAGUCUCACAGCAGGUCAGCCAGCUCUCUCUCCAAUGGGGCAAACUCACACUCUCUACUCAAAGAGACCCUGCAGAUGAACGAGGACCAGGCAGUGACUGAAAAGCACCUUGAUCUCCUGAGAGAAAACAUUGGGAAGGAAUGGAAGCGCUGCGCCCGUCGUCUGGGCCUGAGCGAGGUGGAGGUGGACACCAUCGACCAGGACUACCAUCGUGACGGGUUGCCUGAGAAGGUGCACCAGAUGCUGGAACGCUGGAGGAUGAAGGAGGGCUGUGUGGGCUGCACAGUGGGCCAGCUCUGCAGAGCACUGGAGAACUGUGUCAAAGUCGACCUGGUAAAGAAGCUUCUUCAUGCCUGCAGGACCAAUACUUCUCCAUAGGUAGACUGGCAAUGGUGGGCUGUGGAAGCAGAGUGCUUGUGGCGAAUGAUCUUGUUCCGUCUGCAGUGUACGAAGAUUUGCUGAUACAGCACGUCUCCUGGAAAGACAUGGUUGUGGUGUUACCAUUUGACACUUUUUGUGGAAGGGACGUAGGGAAACACGCCUUUGGUUUGGUAUCGGUGUCAACCGAUUGGGACCUACAGUAAGUGUUUAGAGACAGACUAGUGUAUUGUUUAGGGACAAUGAGGGACAUUAGGAGCUGCUUUUGAACGGAAAGAUCAGUCAACAUCUGGGGGGGGCUGCAGAAAGUGUCUUAGAAGAGCAGUUCUUACACAUGAUGUAUUGUUGUGUAUGGGAGAUUGAGGAGAAUUGCACCAUUCAAUCCUUCUCAUAUACAACUUUACAUUUACUGUCUCUAAGCGCAACCCCCUUCAUCUCAAAAACCUAUAUGUAAACCUCCCCCAGCCCAUUGAUUUUGACAGAUCAUUCUUGUCAAUUUUUGUAGACGUGUCUUUGCAUUGUGUUUUGAGAAUCUGCAGAGAGAAGAAUGAAAUGGUUGUGUCAUUACUAUUGUCUUGAUUUUAUACCUUUCAGUGUCCCUUGCUUGUUUUUGUCCCACAAUCUUGUUGCACUCCAUAAUUGCAAGGUGUCCCCUCCCUCAUGCCGCCGCUUUGGGGUAUUUUCAGCAGGGCCUGUGGAAGGACUCCAAGUAACCUGAGUUUUACAAAGAGAAAAAAGGUAAGAAGAGAACAGGGGUAGUACACUAAAUUGAUCACAUGGACUGGAAGGUACUCUGUGGUCCUCAGGCUACAUACACCUGUAACCCCAUAACACAAACAAUAUCCAAUUCAUGCUUACUGUAAAUGUAGCUAUUUUAGCUGUCAGCUUGUAAAUAUUUUUGCCAACUUACCUUCACCUUGUGCAGAGCUUGAGGUUGGAAUCACAUGCUGGGGGAAUCAGAUUAUGUAGCUUACCAUACCUAACAUGGACAUUGCAAUAUUGUCAACUUGCUGUUAGCUAGUUAGCAUCACUAAAUUGGCAGCAAGAUUGCUAGCCAGCUGAGAACCAACCAUAAACAAUUUAUACACAUUCAUCAUUACUACCAACACACCGACAGUGAGUUGGUUAUAUCGGCAAUUCUAUUUGGCUACCAGAUUGAGUUAGUCUUAUUUGCUAACGUUUGCUAUCUUACGUUAGCCAACAUUAGUUAGAUAGAACGAACAGACAAACAUGUUUACUCUGCUGAAGCUAGCUACAAGUCUAGCAGUGACUACCAGGACUGUAACGUUAGCUAACGUAGCUAAUUUACCUAGUCCAGCUAACAUUACGUAUAAUCAUUGUAAAUGAUAUCAUAAAUGGCACUGGUGGAGUUAUGUCACACAUGCAGAUAACAAAAAUAUAUGGAAAUGUCUGCUCCACUCAAAAUUACAAGCAACUAAUUGCAGCAUCACCAUAAAAAUGGAAGAGGCAAUUGGGAGGGGGAGAAAGUAAGGAACUUGUCUGUCGGCCCUGCAUUAAAAGACCAAAAUUGGUUAAAGAAAAUUGUGAUAAAUCAAAAAUGUAUACCAGUUUCAUUUGAGGACUUUUUUUAUUUAUUUUUUUACAGUUGUGCUGUAUAGAUUGCAAAAUAGUUGGGAAGAGAUUUUUACUGUACCGAUUCUAUGGCACAUGGUUUAGGAACUGAUACACAAAACAAUGCUGGAUUCAAAACAGAGUUUUUCAAUUUCAAUUAUUUUACAAAAUUCAACCAAUAGAAUGUUAUAUAUAUAUAUAUAUAUAUAUAGAUUUUGCUGCGAAGAGGCAGAAUCAUUAGAUCAUUUAUUUUGGUACUGUCCAUUUGUAGCUUGUUUUUGGUCUCAGGAAAAAAAUAAAUGUAUGAAAUUAAUUGAAAUGUAUGCAUUCACUACUGUAAGUCGCUCUGGAUAAGAGCGUCUGCUAAAUGACUAAAAUGUAAAUGUAAAAAAAAUGAAUGGCUGAAGAAUUGCAACAUUUACCUGGAGCUUUUAUAGCACUGCUGGAUGAUUUUAAAAAGCUAUAGUCAAAUCAAUAACAUUAACACUCUUAGCAAAAAUGUUUCUUUAAUUUACAAUCUGUAGAAACUAUGAGAAUAGAAAGGUUAUGGCAAAUAGAAAUCAAAACUGGAUGGUGUUCAGAAAUAGAUGGGAGGGGUUGAGUGGAGCUGAAGGGUGGGACUAAAAAUAAGAUAAAUGUAAAAUAUUGUGUGCGUAAAAUGUACAUAGUAUGUAUAACAUGGAAGUAGAAGCCUAAGUGUUGUUGUCCAUUCGUUUACUCCAAUUAGGGGAGGGGUGGUAGGGUUAGGGAAAAAUAAAGGAAAAUAUAUUUGUAAAUAUUUGAUAUAUACUGUAUAUUUACAAAAAAUAUAUGGGGAAUUGGAAAUGAUGCAGACAAUUACUUUGAUGGAAGCCACAAUCUAUAUGCAAUAUUAAAGCUGAUCAACCCACAAUUAAAAAAAUAAAAAACAUUAAGAAUGGUAUCGCAUUACUUCUCAGCUGAUGUGUAAAAUCCAUUCAGCCUGAAAAUCCCUCUGAUAAUCUUUGCUCACCAUAAGCAUCAUAGCCGCAUACCAUUGACAGCAUCUGGUUAAAUCUCUGGUAGGUAGAACGGUAAAAAAUAAAUAAUUUUUGCGUUUGUUUGUAAUUAGCACAGCCAGACACACCACAUGGGCAUGAUGAAACGUUAGCGGAAAAAUAAACAAAAUAAUCCCUAGAGAAGUUCUGAUAUUACUAUGUUUUGGUUUGUUUGAAGUAAACAACACCAUGAACCAAGUUCGUGGGCAUGCCCCAUUUACCGAACUUUGUGGUUCACUAUGAGCAGUUGAAUACACAGGAAGUCACGGACUACAAAAAGAAAACCAGCCACGUCACGGACACCGACGUCACGCUUCCAGACAUACUAAACACCUUCUUUGCCCGCUUUGACGAUAAUACAGUGCCACCGUCGCGGCCCGCUAACAAGGACUGCCCCCCCCUCCUUCUCGGUGGCUGACAUGAGUAAAACAUUUAAACAUGCUAACCCUCGCAAGGCUGCUGGCCCAGACGGCAUCCCUAGUCUCAUCAGAGCACGCGCAAAGCAGCUGGCUGGUGUGUUUAUGGACAUAUUCAAUCGCUCCCUAUCCCAGUCUGUUGUCGCCACAUGCUUCAAGAUGGCUACCACUGUUCCUGUACCCAAGAAGGCAAAGAACUGAACUAAAUGACUACCGCCCCAUAGCACACACUUC